AUGGCACCAACAACGCUCAUCACCUUCCUUGUUCGUACCCCUCCUUCGACCCGGUCGGUAACCUUGUACGGUUCCUGGGACAACUUCUCCGCUCCGUAUCCCAUGCAACGCGAUCCGCGCACGGGCCCGGAGCAUUGGUCAGGCUGUCAUAGCUUUUCCAACAUCAUCUGCGACGGUGACCUGCAACCAUCGGGCGUUCCCAGGGAAGGAGGGCUCAGGAUGGGUGGCACUUAUUGGUACUAUUACCAGCUGAACGACGAUCUCGAAUUCCACAACUCCGCUGAGCCGUCCACAACCUCUUGUCCUAUGCUGCCGGGCCAGCUCGUCAAUGUUCUGAACGUCCCUUUCGCUCUAAGCAGCAGUCGAUCUCGAAACAACAGCGCCAGUUCGACCAGCUCCGAGUUCCGCACCAUGGAUCCGACGGACAAGUUCUUGAACCCUCGUCCGGUGCCACCGAAGCCAUUGUUGCCACGCUUGAAUACCUCGCCCACUUUACCUCAGCAAUCUUGGUCUUUGUCCAGCUCCCCAGCCCGGGCUGGUCCGACCAGAGGAAGAUCUGCCUCGUCCCGAGGCCCGUCUGAUCCGGGCAGUGCUAACACACCACGAGUCAUGCGAGUGACCAAGAAACCAUCCUUUCAAAGGCCAAAUCGGUCCACGUCGCGGGGAAGUAACAGGUCAAUGGGCAUCAUUAGCGCCUUUCGAGCUCUGGCAUCUCCCCGGAUGGCUAGUCCAGAAGGGACCGUGGACCGUGGCCGCACAAGAGCGGCCGAGCACGAUCCGGCAGGCUAUGUCAGCUAUGGCACGUCUGAACGCAGUGCCACGCCCAAGAGCUCUGUCACAGAGCAGACGCCGCCAGUCCUUCAUAUUGUCGGCGGUUCCCCGUCCAAACCGACCAGGCAACUCGCUUUGAGACGGGAGUCUGACGAAGAAGUGGACCAUGCAGCGGUCGUGCUAUCCUCAUUUGGGCAACAUCGCAGGCAGCGGUCCAUGUCACGGGAGCCAUCCUCCUUGCGAAACUCGCUUUCUUUGGAGGAGACGCCGGUACAUGAAUCACUCGACGAACCAGGAACACCAAAUCAGCGUCUGGAGACGCUGACAGAAGUGGCAUCUACUACAACCACACCUGUUUGGCCCCCUACGGCCCUCAAGAUUGGAGUUCCGAGGUCGGUCGAUGACAAGCAACCUGUGCCACUAGACCUGGAGAAACGACUGCCGACUCUACCUAACACGCCUUCCUCAGCGUAUCCACCUAGUACCAUGGACGAUUCUCCCUCAAACCGUCUCGGUGUUGAUAUUGAAGGCCUUCAGAGUCGUUUCUCCAGCACCACCAUUGAAACUGGAUCUUGCACGGACAGCCAUAUCAACAAUGAGCAGAGUCGUUUCUCCGACUGGACAUGCAGCACGACGAUGCUCUCGCCUCGGUCAGAGUAUGCUCCAAGCAACACUACUGAAUUCGACCCUACCAGUCCUCUGGCAGUGGACUUGGACUUCGCUGGUUUCAAGACCAUCAAUGUGCUACGGAAAGCUGAGUGUCAAGACGAGCUUGGCCAUAGCAACGAUUCCGCAACACUACAGGAGGGAUUACCAUCGGCACUCAGCUUUUCGACCAUUAGCUCGGUGACUUCUUCCACCGCUCCCAGCUCCCAUGUCGACUUAGACAGUGCCAAGGACGCGGAGCUGUGUUGGAGCAGAUUUCAGCAUUACAGCUUGCCGACUGAAGAUGCUGGGUCCGGCACAACACGGAAACCCACUUCGACCGACGAUCAUAUUGCACCUUUGGCGGUAGACGAGCAGCAUCGCACAGAAGCCUUUCAAUCUCGGGUGACGGAUCUGGAUGGCCCUAGCUUGCCUCACUCCACCAGCAUGCAACAACUUCUUGAUGAGUUGAGUUAUCUUGGCGGCAUGAUCCAGCAAAAGUGA